AUGACUGCUGCUACAUACAAGGCGGCGGGCGACGCAGCUUCUCCCGCGUGUGCUGCUGCUGCGCGACCUCCGCUUUUCUCUCGACUCUUUCGGCGGCGGCGGCAGGGUGAGGAGGACCUGGCGGAGGACAAGACGGUAGUCGGAGAAGAGCACUUAUCGAAGCGCGACUUCGGUUUCCUCCCGAUCCCGCGACGGUGCCGCUACUCCCCCGACCGUCCCUUCAUCUUCACCCGGUCUCUCAACUGGCUUUUCGCAUUCGGCGCGACGAUAGAGGUGGCAAACGUCUACUACGUCCAGCCAAUCCAGGUGCAGCUGUCGCAGCGGUACGGCGUGUCGUAUGAGACUGUCACACGCAUCCUCUCGCUCGUCCAGGCCGGUUAUCUCGUCGGCCUCGUCUUCAUCACCCCGCUUGGCGACCUCGUCCCCCGCCGCCCCCUUCUCCUCGCCCUCAUCUUCCUCUCCGCCACCCUUACGCUCGGCCAAGCCACCGCGCCCACCUUCUCCGGCUUUCAAGGUCUAACGUUCGUCGUCGGACUCUUCACUGUCAGCGUGCAAGUCUUCGUACCGCUCACGGCCGACUUGGCGCCGCCGGAGAAAAGGGCUUCGAGCGUGUCCAUCACGCUGAGCGGGCUGAUUGCGGGCAUGGUCUGGGGCAGGCUCUUCGGCGGCGUCAUGGCUCGCUUCACAUAUUCGCCGAACCACGUCUUCUGGCUCGCAGCAGGGACGCAGUACGCCCUGCUCGUCCUGAUGUGGGCAUUUCUCCCGGACUACCCGAAGAAGCGGACUGGCUUGAAUUAUUGGCAGAUCUUGCGGAGCAUGGUCACGCUCUUCUUCACCAAACCCGUCCUCACCCAGGCUUCGCUCAUCGCGCUUCUCUCGUGCUCGGUCAUGGUCUCCUGGUGGACCAGCUUGACUUUCCUCCUCGACGCCUCGCCCUUCCACUACAACUCGUUCGAGAUCGGCCUCUUCGGUCUCUGCGGUAUCGUCAGUGUCGUUUGUGCGCCAUGGGCCGGCAAGCUCACCGACCGAAUUUCCGGCUGGAACGCGACGCUCCUUGCGCUUUGCAUCCAGCUCGCAACGCAGGCUAUUGCGCUCGGCGCGGCGCAGCUUAACCUUGCACCUGUCAUCAUCUGCUGUAUCCUUGUCGAUGUCGCUCACCAGACGCACACGAUCGGCAACCAGCACCGGAUCUUCAAGGUCGACCCACAGGCUCGGAGCCGUAUCAAUGCAGUCCAAGCCACCGGUUCCUCCGCCGGCCCCAAAGUCUUCCUCCGCUACGGCUGGCGCGCCUGCUACGCCCUCUCGCUCGCCUUGACCGGUACCGCCAUCCUCCUCCUUUUCCUGCGCGGGCCGAACGCGACACCGGAUCAGUGGGUUGGGUGGGGUGGGAGGUACAGUCUGAGUCCGGAUGUGAUAGAGGGGAGAAAGGCGAAGAAGGAGAAAGAGGAGACGGGUGGGAGCGAAGACCGCAGCGGGAAGGAGAGCACGGCGGAGGAUGGAACAGCAGCGGUAGAAGAGGAGAAGAAACUAGAAUCGGACCUGCCUGCUUUCCCUCCGCAAACUCGAGCGCUAGAAGCGGGGACGACGUAG